AUGUCACCCUCUGUCCUGUUCUGGGGACUUGUAGCCCUCAUGGGCUCAAGUGAGGGCUUGUAUUUGCUGACCCACUCCAUGAACCCACGCCUCCACCCUCGCCUGUACUAUGGCUGCUACGGCGACAUUCUGAACAUGGAAACAGCUGGAGCACCCUGCGAUAUCGCCAGACCCAUCAAUUGUGGGAUCCAUGGCUCUGAGAUGUUUGCGGAGAUGGACCUGAGGGCCAUCAAACCCUACCAGAACCUAAUCAAAGAAGUGGGGCUUCGGCACUGUGUGGACCCCGCGCUGGUGGCCGCCAUCAUCUCCCGGGAGAGCCACGGGGGCACCAUCCUUCACGACGGCUGGGACCACACGGGAGCCAAGUUUGGCCUGAUGCAGCUGGAUAAGCAAGUGUACAAGCCUUACGGCGCCUGGGACAGCAAAGAACACCUUUUGCAGGGUGUUGGAAUUCUAGCAAACAACAUCCAGACGAUCCAGAAAAAAUUCCCCACAUGGAACGCAACUCAGCACCUUAAAGGUGGCCUCUCAGCCUUUAAGGCAGGAAGCGAUGCCAUCAGCUCACCCAUGGACAUAAACCAUGACCUGACCGAUGACCUACUGGCCCGCGCCAAGUUCUAUAAGAGACAUGGAUUUUAG